CCCUUGAAGAGCUGGACCUCCAAGGGGGAGCCUUUGCCAAAAGAAGGAGCUGAAAACAGCACACGCACACACACACACGGGCCCAGUCCCCAGCACCUUCCUCCUCCUCCUUUCAUCUCAAGGCCCGAAGGGCUGGUGGGAGUCAUGGACGAAGGCUUCAGAGACCGGACCGCCUUCAUCCGUGGCGCAAAAGACAUCGCCAAGGAGGUGAAGAAGCACACAACCAAGAAGGUGGGGAAGGGGGUGGACCGCGUGCAGGACGAGUACACCAAGCGCUCCUACGCUCGCUUCGAGGAAGAGGAGGAUGACGACUAUCAGCCCCAGGAUGGAUACUACCGUGGGGAGCCCUCGGUUGACGAUGAGGGGGCCUCCAGCGAUGCUACGGAAGGCCACGAUGAAGACGACGAGAUCUACGAGGGGGAGUACCAGGGGAUCCCCCGGAAUGACUCCCUGAAAGGGGGGGAGCGGCUGACGGCCGGCCCGGAGGUAGCCAGUGAGUUCAGAGACUUCGAUGACCUGGAAGGAGACAAGAAGAAGGAGAAGGAGGAGCUUUCCCAGCAGUAUGAGCUCAUCCUCCAGGAGUGCGGACAUGGGAGGUUCCAGUGGACGCUCUACUUUGUGCUCGGACUGGCUCUCAUGGCUGACGGAGUGGAGAUUUUUGUGGUCGGCUUUGUCCUCCCCAGUGCUGAGAAAGACAUGUGCUUGUCGGACUCCAAUAAAGGCAUGCUGGGCCUGAUUGUCUACCUGGGCAUGAUGGUGGGGGCCUUCCUGUGGGGCGGCCUGGCGGACCGGCUGGGGCGCAGGCAGUGCCUGCUGAUGUCGCUCUCGGUCAACAGUGUCUUUGCCUUCUUCUCCUCCUUCGUACAGGGCUACGGCACCUUCCUCUUCUGCCGACUGCUCUCUGGUGUGGGGUAAGGGGGCCCUGGGGGCUUUCCUCCCCAUCCUGGGCCAGGGCUGGCUUCCCAUUACUACGGGCUGACCGUCUGGUUCCCAGACAUGAUUAAGCACCUCCAGAAUGUGGAAUACGCCUCCCGCACGAAGGUCUUCAACAACGAGACCUUCCGGCACGUCACCUUCAACUUCACCCUGGAGAACCAGAUCCACCGCCGGGGAGAGUACUUCAACGACAAGUUUAUUGGCCUGAAGAUGAAGUCGGUCUCCUUCAUCGACUCCCUGUUCGAGGAGUGCUACUUUGAGGACGUCACCUCAAGCAACACUUUCUUCAAGAACUGCACUUUCCUGGCCACCGUCUUCUACAACACAGACCUCUUUGAGUACAAGUUCAUCGACAGCCGGAUCGUCAACAGCACCUUUCUGCACAACAAGGAGGGCUGCCAGCUGGACUUCAGUGACGACAACAACGCCUACAUGAUCUACUUUGUCAGCUUCCUGGGCACCCUGGCGGUGCUGCCGGGCAACAUCGUCUCUGCGCUCCUGAUGGACAAGAUCGGGCGUCUUCGCAUGUUGGCCGGCUCGAGCGUCAUGUCCUGCGUCAGCUGCUUCUUCUUGUCCUUCGGCAACAGCGAGUCAGCCAUGAUUGCCCUCCUCUGCUUGUUUGGUGGGGUCAGCAUUGCCUCCUGGAACGCCCUGGACGUCCUCACGGUGGAGCUGUACCCCUCGGACAGAAGGACUACUGCGUUUGGGUUCCUCAACGCUCUUUGCAAGCUGGCGGCGGUUUUGGGCAUCAGCAUCUUCACAUCGUUUGUGGGCAUCACAAAAGCCGUGCCCAUUUUGCUGGCAUCAGCAGCCCUGGCCGUGGGCAGCUCCCUGGCCCUGAAGCUGCCGGAGACCCGGGGGCAGGUGCUGCAAUGAGAGCGAGCCCCCCCCCGCACUCUUCCGCCCCCAUCCCUGCCCCCACCCAGGGGGAGAUUUAGCGUUGUAGACACUGUGACUGUCUUGUUGUACCAUUUCAGUGGGAAAUCUGUCUUCGCUUGAGUUUUCUUCCACAAGCUCACUUGCUCUUUUGAGUUUUCUCCUCACUAUCCCUUCUCCCACGGGGCCACGCUAGGCGCGAAGGCGGCCGGAGAAGCCAAGGGAGGGCCGGCCAAGCCCUGGGAGCUGGGUGGCAUUUUGCAAGCACUUAGCAAACAUAAGACACAAUCUUGUAUUCUGCAGUCUCCUUUCCUGCUUCUAGAUCACAGUUUCCACAAACUUGUGUAUAUGUGAAUAUGAGUUCUCUAUUUGUCCAGUAAACUAAAGCUACAACUCCCAUAGCUAACAAUGAGGGCUAGAAGCAUGGAUCCACACAACACAAACACACAAGCAGGUGAAUUUUGGGCUCUGCUGGCGUUUGAAUUGGAGGCAUAGCUUCCCUCAAAGCCUAGUGGGCAGGCACACGCACACACACACACACACACACCCUAGCACAACUUUUUCUUGGGAAAAAGGUUUUAUAAGGAGUGUUUUAACUUGCAGCGUGUUCCCCUCGCUGUUUGCGAUGGUGCUUUUCAAGGGGUGGCCCCUCCCUCCCCCCCCCUCUGGGCUGAUCCAGGAGGCCCUUGGCCUCUCCUGACUGAGGGCGAGUCAGAGAAACCCUGAAGGAAAAGGAGGUGAAGCCAGGAUUCGCCUGGUGCCUGGGGAGGCCUCCCUUCCUGCCUUCUUCCCCACUGAACACUGGAAAUCAGUUUUGGGGCAUCCGAGCACAACCUGGGAGGAGUUAAGCAGAAACGUCUCCUUGCAUUUGUCCUGAAUAGACCAAAAGAGCAGAAAAUGCCCCCCCCCCCAAGGGGAGGAAGCGGCUGGCCGAGCGCAGCAGCCGGAUCUUGGACCAAACGAAGCCCCUGGAUGGGGCCUCUGAUGCUUUGGGGGGGGGGGGCAUUCGAUCCUUCAGAGGCUGCCUAGUUGCAGGAUUCCGAGUCUUGUGCGUUUCGCUACCUUGUACCAAAAUGGGAGCCCCCCCCCUGCACCCCAUCCCUUCCCCCCUCCUAACUGACGGUGGGACCACUAGGGAGGAUGGCCCCAGUCCCUUUCACCCCCUGCAGCAACCAUGCUGGUUCCUUCCUUAUUGGGAAGAGCAGCCGGGUGUCUCUUCCUCUUCCAAGGUCCUCUCCAGAUGCAGAAGGCCACACCUGCUUGUAGGGAGGGGAAGCUGACUUCUCCCCACCUGGCUGACCAGACCUUACCUAGUGAAAUCGCACCCUCCCUGCUGCUGCUUCCAGACCCCCCCUAGCUUGCGUCCCCCUCCCUUGUCCCGGCGUAGGUGGGCUUCUGAACAAAACCAAGACACAAACCAUACGUAGCUCUGUCUGUGCGCAAAACCAACUGACAAAAACUUUGUGCCGUGGUGUAGUUUUUAGAUGUUUGUAAACAACAAUUUUAAAAAACCAGGGGGAAAACAACCCAUAACGUCAGCCGUAGCCUCUGGGUCAUUUCAUUUUGUAUAAACAAGGAAGCCAAGAAUGCUGGUUAGAUAGGAGAGUUAUUUUAAAUGUCAUUGUGAGAAACAGUGGGUGUUUGUUUUUUUAAGAAAAAAAGAUGCUUUGGCUAAUAUGUGUACAGAUCGUCCAACCGGAGAAGGAAAUCUGGAUGUUUGGCUAAAUCGAGCCAUGUUCCCACCACCACCGUGAUGAACUUGUAGUUAACAACAAUCCAUGUAAAAAAUGGAGGGAAAUAAAAGAUUGAAAAAUCUAAUGUUCUUUCCUGGUUGAAGUGUGCUUUUUAAUAACCGGACAGAAUCGUCCAUUUCACAGGCCACCUUUUCGGAGGGAGCCCCAGGAGGACCUUUGGAAAGGAAGCCAAAUCAGUUGGCAGGGAAGCUGAGCCUUUGGGAGGGGUGGGGGCUUAUGGGCGGAAGACCAGAAGGGUCCCUCAUGGGGAGUUGCGGAGCUCCAGUGCCGGCCGAAUGGGGGCUCCUCUGAGGUUCCACUGAGACCCCUCCUACUCGAUGAGGGAUGCUGCUUUGAGCCUGUGCCAUGGCCUCCCUGCCAACCUGGCAGCCUCCUGGGGUGGUGCCUGGUUAAGCUGCAAGAGGCCAUUGAAGCAACAUUUCCUCCAGAGCGCAGGGCAACCGAAUGCCAGGGAGCAAAUGGCUCUUUCACCCUCCUGCCGUUUCAGCCAAUGUUCUUUCCUGGGAACCCUUUUGCCAAGGG